GAGCAGUUGGGGGCCAUUUACUUCUGCCACCUUGCAAAUUUUGGGGGACCAGUUGGGGGCCAUUUAAGCACCCAGUCCCCUUGUUCAAUCGAGGGGCCUUUUUUCAGGGGCGGGAUCCAUGCAAGAGGAGUUGUCCUACGUCUGCCUUACAGGUUGGGCACGGAGGCCAGUACCUCAACGUACGGCCUCUCGAAACCCAAAUGCCUUUUCAGCAGUUCACCUCUUCGCCCGAGGACUCUCCACGCACGGUUGGGACAGUUUCCCAGUUCUCCUCUCAUCAGGGCGGUUCCGGAAGAGUCCGAAAAGCGGAUGGAGCAGGAGGAGAAGCAGUAGCAGUUGGUCUGAAGACUCUGAACAGCGUAAACCCGGAUGGAACGAACCGUCAGAAAAACGAGACCACAACCGGCGGCACUGAGCGGACAGAUGCUGAAGCUGGUCCAGGACGUUUACCAGGGACAGGACCAGAAGCAGGACCAGGAACAGUGGCUGAAGCUGGACCAGGACCAGAAGCUGGACCAGAAGCAAGAAAAGCAACGGUGGCUGGAACUGGAGUGGGAGCAGAAACGGAAUCAGGAACAGUGGCAGGUACAAUAGGAGGAGCAGAAGAAGGACCUGGUCCAGUGGCAGGAACUGGACCAGAAGAAGGACGAGGUCCAGAAUCAGGAACUGGACGACGAGGAGAAGCAGGACCAGGAACAGUUGCAGGACCAGGACGAACAGUGUGGGGCUGCAAAGCCUGCAAUCAGACGGACAGUCUGACGGACAUUCUGAAGGCCGGAGACGUACUCUCUGAGGAGGGAGGACAUCUGACAGCAAUCCAAGACGGACAAAAACACGCUCCAGGAACAGGACUAGUUCCUGUUCCUGGUCCUGGUCCUCGACAAGGUUCGGUCGCAGGUUCGUCAGCGGGAACAGAGACAGGAACAGGCACAACAGAGAGUUCGGGAACGGAGUCGAAGUCAACGGAUAAAACAGAUGUCGCGAUCCCGGUGAGGCGACGACUGCAGAAGCAGUCGAAGGCGCCGGCGGAAGACUCCCCCUUUGCUGCGUUGGACCCAUCCUUGUCUACCUCCUUCACGCUCCCCUCUACCACCACCUCCUCCUCCUUGACCCCCUCUCGCACCGGCUCUUCCACCCCCUCCUCGUUGGGAUCGGGGACCGUCUCCAGUCUUCUUGCUACUUCAUCCAGCAGCACCACCGCCCCUAGUGAGCUCGACGAAGCCCUUGCCUCUCCCGCUUUGCAAGCUCGGUGCAACGGGAUCAUGGCGGAGUACUUCGUCAAUAGCUUCAAGGAGUCCAGCAGGCCCGGUCUCUACGUCUUCGAGGUACUCUUUCUUGUCCGCAAUGGAGGCACACGAGUGUUGAAAGACUGGUCUGUGACCUUCGGCUACGUUCAUAACGAGUUCAUCACCAAUGUCACCAACCUAAGGCUCCCUAGGGACACUAGUCUGCCCGUUGCCGGACUUGGGCUGCAGCUUCAUUCGCCCGUUUACCGACCGAACCUCGAGCCGUUGACGUCAGCUUUCGAUCGCACAAAAGAGUUCUCGGGUCAUCUGGCAAACAUCGAAGGCACAGAGCUGGGCGUCCCUAGCCGUAGGAUCCCUCAUUUCCCUUCCAUGAUCAAUCUGACGGCGGCCGAUGGAGGGGUAUCAUGUGACCCUUCGGAUCUCGAGCAGCCGGCGCCAUACAUGGUCAGAAUCUGUUGUCGUCAACGACCACCCCAGGUCCUUGUUGCCCCCCAACCUGAGGCUGACGGAUCGUCGCCCAGGGAGCAGAACUACUCUCUCUAUUCUGGCAUUCUCAUUCGCUGGGACGUCGUCCGCUCCAGACUAACGGAUUACGACGUCCGCAUCCGGAUCGAGAAUCAGCAGAAGUACGUGGUCAUUCCCAGCGAGCCGGGGUGGCGGUUGUCGUUUGCAUGGGAGCAAGGGGAGUUCCUAUGGUCUUGUGACGACUGUGAAACCACCUUGAGGGCUGAUUGCACCCGUACGCCUGCAGCUAGCGACUUCAAGAACCUGACUGGGGCCUAUUCUUGCGAUCCUAGGCCUGUUUUUCUGGAUAAGACGAAGAAGAACGGAUCGCUUGCAGCCCCGGCUUUGGAUGCUAAAAAUAGCAUCGCCGAGAUUGGCUUCAAGGCUGGCAAACCACGCGCGUAUUGGGAUGUCAACGCGUUGACUCUGCCGUCGGAUUUCGCCAUCGGACUGCAGGGAUACGACUGCAGCACUCCUCAGCGAAUUGCAGAGCCCACACUUUUUCCCGCGUUUAACUGGAGCCGGCAGGCGGUGCAGGCGAUAGCGACGUGGACCAUCUCGUGUGGGCCCAGACCUGAGGUCCUGGCAAGAAAGAGGUGCUGCACGUCCAUUUCCGCCUUCUACAGUCAACGCAAGGACGCGUCUCCGUGCACCACAUGUGUGUGCGGCUGCGCUGCGUCGGAGCAGAACUCGCAGUGCAUCGUCGGGACCCCGGCACGCCCCACUCCUGCCUCGCUCUUAUUGCUCGGAGCAAAGCAAAAGGAGGAGGAGGAGGAGGAGGAGGAGGUGAGAGUGGGAAGACAAGCUAACGUGCAAGACCUCAAGUCGACCGGAGGAGGAAGAGGGAAAGGAGCAGUCAUGGUCCCCGGCAGAUGUGGCUCGGGGUGCGGUGUGACUGUGCACUUGCAUAUUCAGCAGGCUGAUGAGAACGGAUGGACACUGCAGGUCGCCAUAGCCAAUGCUCGCGAAGUUCGUAUCCCCGACUGGUACUUGGUCUUGGAGUAUGCUCCUGGCGUCGCCUCAAUGCUAUCUUUCGCAGAUACGGUGAACUGGACCUCUACGGAGUCUAACAAGGACUUAGUUUUUUUGGGCUUCGAACUCUUCAACGAUGUCAUCUUGGAGCAGAACCUGACAGAGCCCGGUAAUGUUCAAUGGCGGGCAUACUUCAACAAGACGGCUCGUCCUUCUUCUUCUUCUUCUUCUUCUUCUUCUGCUGCUUCUGCUGCUGCUUCUGUUGGGCUCACGGUUCUUGAUUCUCGAAGUGGACUAUACACAGUUCUGCCUGGGGCGUUUCCCAAGAGUGUACUUUUCAUGGGGGAGGAGUGUGUUAUGCCUGAGGCUUUUCCACGCAUGUCUGCAGCCGCCCCCUCUCGAUCAUCACCCUUGUUCUUCUUUAAGUUUGUUACCUCGGCCUUCUUCGAGAUAAGGUUGCGAAUCCUUAGCGCAUGGUCAUGGUUGACGUCAACCAUGAACAGAAGGAUCGUGAUGGACCAUUGAUGUAAGUGACCAUCAUCAUGCCCUUGGGCCAUGGGCCAUGGCUAUGGUGGCUAUGGUGGCUAUGGUGGCUAUGGUGGCUAGGCAACCCUACCAGUAC